UUUCGAACGCAGGAACGAGAAUGGGAACUCCAACAAACGUUUAAAGAAAAGGAAAGACAGUUACAAGAAACACAUCUCGAAGUAAUAAAAAAGUUAGAAGAGGCAGAACGCAAGGUUGGAGAUCUUCAAAGUGCCUUAGAGACAACUCAGUCCGAGUUGUUUGAUUUGAAGGCAAGAUAUGAUGAAGAAACACACGCCAAAUCCGAUGAAAUGGACAUCAUCCUGAACGACCUGGAACGCGCCAAUCAGGUAGGUGUAUUUUAUUUGGGGAGGGGGUACGAAAGAGUGGUUCCUUACAUUUGACUGCCUGUUGCAUUACUACACUUAAACCGAGCCAGAAGGAG